CCCAGCGAAGACGGAUCGUUAUGUCGGAUGCCAUGGAAACGCGACGCUGUCCUCGGUUUUCCAUGUUAUGAAGGAUCCUGGAACAUUUAUGUUGGAGGUAACAGCAAGGCCCAAGAUGAGUCAGAAAUCAGUAAAGGUGGUCGUUGAACUGCACCUGAGGGCGAUAACUUGUCCAGGGGUGCAUUUACCAGCCAAAGAUGACGUCUACCUCAGCGUGUCUCUAAUGAACCAGUACAGGAAAUCAGGAUGUCUUCCUGCAGUUUUUCCAUUGCUGUUUCGGGAGAGAAUUAGGUUUGAAAAGAUUCAGAAGUUUGCCACCGACCCAUGUGCAAUUGCUGAAUUCUUACAGUCUGAAACUGUAAAAUUUGAACUCAUUCAGUUGAUUCCUCCAGCUGGUGAAAUACUGGCCAGUUAUGAGGAAGAUGCUCGAAGCUUUCUUUUCCCAGAGCCUAAGCUGGUCCCAUCUUUCUCUGGCAUACAGAGAGAAGUACUAAUGACACGGGCUUCCACUUUUUCAGGUAUUUCUCCAAGGUUAGAGUUCUCUUCAAAGACAACAAUCAGUGAAAUCUCCACCUCUGUUCCUGUGAGUGCUAUGACAAGGAAGAGUGCAAAGAAGUCUCUGCAGCAGUGUAGAACCUCAUCCCAAAGACAUCUCUCUUCUGCUCCUUGGAGGCAAAGACGACUCUGGGACAGAGAUCAGGUUCAUAUGAAGGAGUCCUGGUCAGAUGGACAGUCUUCUUCCCACUAUUCACCUGUUUCUGGCAGAAGCUCCAGAUUAAGGAAUGUGUCACCUCAUUAUUCAACACCAUCAAGUGAAACAGGAAACUCAAGAGGAAGCUAUUCCAGACCUUUGGUCCCUGACAUGGACUCUACAGACACAGAUGAUCUCCUUGACUUUGCUGAGGAAGUGGGCCAUCAUCAUUCCCUAAUGGAAUAUGAGAGAUCUCCCAGCUCAAGUCACUCCAGCAUAGAAAGACAGAGACACAAUGUCUCUCUCUUGGGCUCUUCUAAUGUGUGGGAGGAAGUACAAGAACGCAUUCAAAGCCUUUUAACAUCUCCCAAAGCAGUUCAUAGACUAGCCUGUGGUGCCACUGACUCAGAGAUAGAUGAAGUUCUAGUACGGAGAUCUAUUUUGGAACACUCCUGCCCAUUCUAAAGACCAAUGUGUACUAUAAGGAAGUGAUGAAGCCAAAGUCCCCAUUCCAGCUGUGAUUUCCUGAGGCAUUGCAUCAUAUUCCCUUCUCUAGUGCAUGUGUUAUGUUUGUUGAUGUGUUUGUGUUGUAGAUAUAAAAAGUGAACUAGUAUAUUCCUGGUGUUUUUGAAGCCGAUGAAGGGUGCUCUUAUCCUAGCUGAAUGGCUAUUAAAAAAGACUUUUAUGAAAAUAAAAUGGCAGAUUUUGUGCUUUUGACAGUUUUCUAAAAAUAUAACCCCCAAGAGCAAAAAGACCAAAAAGACCUAUAUCUCUUAUCCUGUAUAAUAAAGAGAUAAAAACCUCAAGACCAAAAAAAAAAGUACUUUAAUCAUGUCCUGUCCCUUUUUGCAUUUUACUGUAAAGCAAAUGCGUUUACCUUUGUUUAUUAAUGCAUUUCUAAUGCAAUAACUGCUUUGGUUGAUGAUCAGUGUUGAGUAAGUUACUCUAAAAAGUAAUUAAUUACUAACUACUAAUUAAUAUUCUACAGUGUAAUUAGAUUUCUGUAAUAAUUACUUCCUAAAAUCCUUAUCAACAUCGGCCAGAUGAAAAAUACAAGGAUAGACAUGAAACUGUUCUUUUAAUUCUUUCAAAUAAAUCAUAAAUAAUUCAUAAAUUAUUCAUGAACUGGCCAAAGAAUUUAAGGGGGCAGUGAUAAAUUAGAAAACAUAUAUUUUAACAUUCUCUUAGUAAUGCAUUAUACCCAUCAUUGUUGAUUGUCAAGUUAAAAUGACUAAGGGGGCCUCAGGAGUGUUGUCUGGGAUACUAUACAGUAGCUGAAUUGCCCCCUUGGACUUCAUUUCCCCUUGAGGUUUCAAUGAAAUAUAUCCAUCUAUAUCUAGUAAUAGACACUUGGGUGUUAGCCAUGGCUGUUAUCUUGUGUUAUGCAAAGAACAUUCAGUACACUCACAGUAUACUCUGUUUUUGUAAUUGAACAAUGCUUGUUGAAACUUGUUAACUGAUUAGCAUGUCAUACCAAAAGAAUCAUUUUAUGAAAGUACAGAUAGCUUUUUAGAUAAUAUUCUAUAUAGCCCUUACUUGUGGUAUGAAGAACAGAAUAAUAUGUAGUUUGUUACACAAAUGUAGAAAAUAUAAUUU